AAAUUUCAGAAAAUUUUCAAUUUUGUGGGAAUUUUGUUUUGUCUUGGCUUGGUCCAAUGCCUGAAAAAUACAAUAAAUAACCUUUAAACUGUAUAUGAAAUGAUGGAAAUGCCAUUAGAAAACAACAACAAUGAUGCUUUUAGGAGCAAGUUUAAAUAUUAUAAAUCGAAGAAACCGAAACCCUCACUCAGCGAAGUACUAAUACUAAACGACGAUGGGAAUAACGUUGACACGGUUAGCUUUAUCCCUAAAGAGGUCGCAGAAGAUAAAAGGGCAGCCGCACUGGGCCUCUCAUCCACACUCACGUGGAAAGUGUAUUCUUUUAAACAACACCCGGGCCUCCUGAUGAUAAGGAACCCCUUCACCCCACUAGGCCAAAGAUACUGGUCCAGAAGAUGCUUAGAAGAAUACCCUAAGAAACCAAACAAAAGAAAUAUAGAUAUUGAAGUGGAUGUGCAAGACUGGUGGUCAGAGUGCUUCAAGCUACAAGAGUGUGAUAAAAUACUGCAAAAGAAAUUAAGAUGGACAACCCUGGGUUACCACCACAACUGGGACACAAAAGUAUACACAGAUGAGAACAGAUCACCGUUUCCUGAAGACUUGUCGGAGCUGAGCGACGUUGUGGCUGGCUACCUCGGCUUCAGUGGCUACCAGGCGCAGGCUGCCAUUGUCAACUACUACCACAUGGACUCCACUCUGUCUCCACACACGGACCACUCUGAAGUCAACUUACAAGCCCCCCUGCUGUCCUUUAGUUUUGGCCAGUCUGCAAUAUUUUUAAUCGGUGGGACGGACAAAUCUGUUGAUCCAACUGCCAUCCUGCUCAACAGUGGGGAUAUCCUAGUGAUGUCAGAGCAAGCCAGGCUGUGCUACCAUGCAGUACCCAAGAUAUUACCAGCCUCAAAUAUACCUUGGAACCAUACUGAGGAAGUAAAUCUAAAACACAGUUUGGAUGCAAAAUUCAAGUAUAUUACCAAUGUUAAUCAAAUUGUUACAGAAAUGAAUAGAAAUUUAGAUUCAACCCAAUGGAAUAGAUUUAAUAAUUAUAUUUCCGAAUCAAGAAUAAAUAUGAAUGUAAGACAAGUCUUAAAAGGCAGACAAAAUACAUUAAAAGAUUUGGUUGAUGAUACCUGAAAUAAAUUGUUACUAAACA